AUGUCUGUAAACGCAGCGGGCAACGUCGGCAUGUCUGUACUCGAAGCAGCGGGCAAACGUCGGGCAUGUCUGUACCGAGUCAGCGGGCAAACGCCGGGCAUGUCUGUACCGAGUCAGCGGGCAAACGUCGGGCAUGUCUGUACUAGAGUCAGGGCAACGGCCGGGCAAACGUCGGGCAUGUCAAACGCUAGAAGUCAGCGGGCAAACGUCGGGCAUGUCUGUACCAGAGUCAGCGGGCAAACGUCGGGUAUGUCUGUACCGAGUCAGCGGCAAACGUCGGGCAUGUCUGUACCGAGUCAGCGGGCAAACGCCGGGCAUGUCUGUACUCGAAAUCAGCGGGCAAACGUCGGGCAUGUCUGUACUCGAGUCAGCGGGCAAACGCCGGGCAUGUCUGUACUCGAAAGUCAGCGGGCAAACGUCGGGCAUGUCUGUACUGAGUCAGCGGGCAAACGUCGGGCAUGUCUGUACUCGAAGCAGCGGGCAAACGCCGGGCAUGUCUGUACUCGAGUCAGCGGGGCAAACGUCGGCAAACAGCGGGCAAACGUCGGGCAUGUCUGUACUAGAGUCAGCGGGCAAACGUCGGGCAUGUCUGUAACGCCGGGCAAACGCCGGAGUCAGCGGGCAAACGUCGGGCAUGUCUGUACUAGAGAGUCAGCGGCAAACGCCGGGCAUGUCUGUACUAGAGUCAGCGGGCAAACGUCGGGCAUGUCUGUACUAGAGUCAGCGGCAAACGCAAAUGUCCGGGCAAACGCCGGGCAUGUCUGUACUAGAGUCAGCGGGCAAACGCCGGGCAUGUCUGUACUAGAGUCAGCGGGCAAACGUCGGGCAUGUCUGUACUCGAGCCAGCGGGCAAACGCCGGGCAUGUCUGUACUCGAGUCAGCGGGCAAACGUCGGGCAUGUCUGUACUAGAGUCAGCGGGCAAACGUCGGGCAUGUCUGUACUAG